UCUCUCUGUCUUACCACUUACCAGCGAAGGAAGCCACGCCAUCGUCGUCGUCCUCCACGCGCUUCCUCCGCCCUAUUUUACCCGCUCCAGCUCCGCCCCUCCGCCAAAAGUCUCCUCCUCCACGAUCCCCUCCCUCUGCCUCGCCCUCGCUCGCGUUAGCCAGAAGAAGCAGCAUUCCUCGCCUCUCUCUCGCCAUGGGCGCGACCCAAGUCGACCACGAGGAGGCCAGCCCCCUCCUGGCCCCGUCCGCCGACGAAAAGCUGCCGACGGAGGCCACCAAGGGCUGCGCCGACGGGGUCCCGGUCGUCAUGGGAGAGCCGGUCUCCGGCCCCGCCGUGCCGCGGGAGAGCUGGGACUCGGGGAUCCUCUCCUGCCUCGGCCGCAACGACGACUUCUGCAGCAGCGACCUCGAAGUGUGUCUUCUCGGAAGUGUGGCACCAUGUGUGCUGUAUGGUAGCAAUGUUGAGAGGCUUGCAGCAGCACCGGGAACUUUUGCAAACAGCUGCUUGCCUUACACUGGCCUCUAUAUGCUUGGAAACUCUCUCUUUGGGUGGAACUGCCUAGCCCCAUGGUUUUCUCAUCCCACUCGUACAGCUAUUCGUCGAAGAUACAAUCUCGAGGGUAGCUUCGAGGCUUUCACUAGGCAAUGUGGGUGCUGCCGUGGCCUCGCUGAGGACGAGGAGAGGCGUGAACACCUGGAGGUCGUCUGCGACCUAGCAACACACUACAUGUGUCACCCUUGUGCCCUCUGCCAGGAGGGGCGCGAGCUGCGCCGCAGGGUCCCCCACCCUGGCUUCAACAACGGGCGCUCCGUCUUGGUUAUGAUGCCACCCAUGGAGCAGAACAUGGCUCGUGGCAUGUGAGCUGUUCCAGCUCCUUCCCUGCCCUGGCUGGUCUUCUGCCCUUGAUGUUCUGCUUCCUCAGAUCUUCACCUCGUCGUCAGUAUAUACAAAUAUGUGAUGUGAACAUGCCCUGCCGUGCAAUGCAACUCCCGCUUGUUAUCUUCUGGGAGUUCUUGUUGAACAUUCCAAAUGUGUGUACUCGUUGCCUACUGCUGUGUCUUGUAUGGAUUCUGAACUGCAAUAUAUCACUUGUCUGCUUGUUGUGUAUAUAGAUUAUCUCUGAAUUGCAAAUGUCAGAGUGUUAUUUUCAGUGA